UAUCACGAUAAUUGCAUAAGAGGAUUCUGGAAUCUGCCGCGAGACUUUCCAAUGACAUUCCAUAAUGGGGUGAAUUGCGCCAUCACGGCGAUCUCAUGGCUGUGAACUGCGCAGCAUCUACUUGAGUGUCACCACCCGCUGCGCAUCCGGCCUUUUCUCCUCAUCCUUCCAUCCACCCAUUAUUGACCAUGUCGCUGAGGCAGAGGGUCAAUGAUCUCCUUGCAGUGGGAGGCGAUGUUACAAUUCCAGUUCUCACCGCUGUCAAUUCUGCGUCGGUCGUGUUCCCUCCCCUACAUGCUGCCACCAAUGCCACGCUCCUCAUCCUCACUGAAAUCAAAAAGUUCAGGGGAAAUAAGGAAGAAUGGGGGCGUUUCGGAAAAUAUAUCGGGGACGCCAUGGUCGACGUGGUUACAGCCAUCGAUUCGUAUGAUGGAUCUAACGAAGAGCCUAAGCCGUGGAUGGAAAGCGUCAAGAAGCUGAGCGAGGCGCUGCAGCGCAUUCAAAUCGAAAUCGGUCGAUUGCGUAGAAAGAUGGAAAAGCAGUCUGGUAUCCGCAACUUCUUGUCUCAUAUGAAGAACCCCGGCGGUAGGAUCGACGAUUUAAAGAAAGAUUUUAGCGAAGCCUUGGCAACGUUCCAGCUGCAGACAAACUUGACGGUUGGUGCAAUAGCGAACAAUCAACAUCGAUUAAUUCGUGGAGUAGAAGACUCCUCAGUUCUGAAUGAACUCAAAUAUCCCAUUGUUGCCCAUCACGAUUCAACUCAGCCGUGUCUGAAAGAUACUAGGGUUGAUCUGAUUGAGCGUAUUAUGGCGUGGUGUCGUACCACGGAGGAUAGCAAGAAUCGUGUAUUACUGCUAACGGCCGUGGCCGGUGCCGGCAAGACAUCUGUUGCGCUCUCAAUCGCAGAGGAGUGUAAAAAAGAGAAGAUAUCAUCGUCAAGCUUCUUUUUCAAAGCAGGCGAGCAGUCGCGGCCGGACCAUCUCUUCAGCGGCAUGGCUCGAACUAUGGCAACCCACGACCCUGCAUACCGUGCCUCCCUCAUAUCGACUCUUCAGGAGGACCCAGCCCUCUCGACUGCCCCAUUCGCGAUGCAAUUUGAGACACUUGUGGCUGAACCUCUCCGUCUCAGGACAUCCUCGUCUGACCGUCCUAUGGUAAUUAUCAUUGAUGCGCUAGAUGAGUGUGACACAAAGUCAUUCCCACGUCUUGCCGACAUACUUCGGAAAGCGGUCCCAAAACUACCACCUAACAUCAAAUUCUUUCUCACUUCGAGACAGUUUGACCUCGUUGAUCGUUACCUAUCACCGAAUUACCCUAUCGAUCGCCUCACCAUCGAUCUUUCGGACGAUGCUAACAUGCAUGACUGUGCUAUCUACAUCCGAUCACAACUAUACGAACUGAAAGAUGUGCAUCCUGGUUUGGAAGAUGGGAUCGGGGAAGAAGAUACAUUAGUCCAAAACAUACGGGAGCGAGCGGGCGGCUUGUUCAUUUGGAUCAGUACUGUCUUUGAUUACAUGAAGGUCAGCGGUAGUGAUGCUGCGAAGAUGCUGAAGAAACUGCUGGAUGAAGAUCUCAACCGAUCAAAGGCUUCCGCUGAGGAAAUGAUGGAUAGGCUGUAUGCGAGUAUUUUAGAGAAGUGUAACUGGAAGGACGAUGAUUUCGUGCAUGACUACCCGAUCGUGAUGGGAGCAAUUCUAAUCGCCCAGAAGCCACUGUCUGUUGCGGCCUGGGAUGCCAUUCUCUCACCAUUGCUGGACUCGGAUGUCCCACGUACAUUAGCUCAGCUCGCACCCCUCGUCUCAGGAGUUAGGAAUCCUGACAAGCCAAUUCGUAUUCUCCACCAAUCUUUUCGUGACUUUCUCACGGACCGAGUCAAUCCACAAUCGCCCAUACUUGGUCAGUUUGGAGUGGAUGCGGGGAGGGAGAACGACAGAGUGGCCCUGCGCUGCAUCGAAAUAUUGAAUAAAGAUCUUUCCACUGUGAAGGAUUUAGGGCUGAUCGAGGACUUAUCCCAACAAGCUAGGCUGCCACCCAUUCCUCAAGAGGUGCUGUCCGAACACGUCCAUUACGCAUGUCGGCAUUUCGUGCAUCACCUCAGCCAAUUUCGGGGGCCGCUGGGGGCGCUCAAUGUGCCUAUUCACGCAUUUCUCAACAAGCAGAUAUUGCGCUGGGUGGAAGUCUGUGUGAGGACGGGAGGGUACAUCAGUAUAUCAUCGUUCCCUGAAUGGGCCAAGUUGAACGUUGAUCAGGCCUCCAAAGAGGUCGUUCACAAGUUGGUCAGAGUGUUUCGCAAUGUGAGGAGAAAUCUUGCAUUCUUUUUAAGAUUCCAGGAGGCAUAUGAGUUGGCAAGUGAUUCAGUUGCACUGUGCCGUUGCCUUGUGUCUACGGACUCAGAGUCCUACACCCCAGAUCUGGCUCGAGCACUCGGGAAUCUAGAUGCAUCACUCACCAACCUUGGACAACAUUCUGAGGCACUCCUUGUGAAUGAAGAAAGCAUUGAACUCUGGCGCAAGCUGGUUGCCACCCAUUCAACAUUGUACCACCCAGAUUUGGCUCGAGCACUCCAGGGUUCUUUUGUAUCACUUGACAAGGUUGGACACCAUGAUGAGGCACUCACGGUGAUUGAAGAAAGUGUGCAACUCUGGCGCGGGCUGGUUGCCACCCAUCCAACAUCAUACACCCCGGAUUUGGCUUGUGCACUCCGGAAUCUUGAAGUAUCACUCAGCAGAGUUGGACACCAUUCCGAGGCACUCACAGUGAUUGAAGAAAGUGUGCAACUCUGGCGCAAGCUAGUUGUCACCCAUCCAACAUCAUACACCCCAGAUUUGGCCCGAGCGCUCCGGAAUCUUUCUGCAUCACUUGACAAAGUUGGACACCAUUCCGAGGCACUCACUGUGAUCAGAGAGGGUGUGAAGCUCUGGCGUGAGCUAGUUGCCACCCAUCCAACAUCAUACACCCCAGAUUUGGCUGGAGCACUCCAGAAUCUUUUUGGAUCACUCAACAAAGUUGGACACCAUUCCGAGGCACUCACAGUGAUUGAAGAAAGUGUGCAACUCUGGCGCAAGCUAGUUGACACCCAUCCAACAUCAUACACCCCAAAUUUGGCUGGGGCACUCCAAAAUCUUAAAGUAUCACUCAACAAAGUUGGACACCUUUCUGAGGCACUCACAGUGAUUGAAGAAAGUGUGAAACUCUGGCGCAAGCUAGUUGUCACCCAUCCAACAUCAUACACCCCAGACUUGGCUGGAGUGCUCCUAAAUUUUUCUGUAUCACUCAACAAAGUUGGACGCCUUUCUGAGGCACUCACAGUCAUUGAAGAAAGUGUGAAACUCUGGCGUGAGCUAGUUGCUACCCAUCCUACAUCAUACACCCCAGAUUUGGCUGGAGCACUCCUGAAUCUUAAACUAGUUGCCACCCAUCCAACAUCAUACACCCCAGAUUUAGCUGGAGCACUCCGGAAUCUUUUUGUAUCACUUGACAAAGUUGGAUGCCAUUCCAAGGCACUCAUAGUGAUUGAAGAAAGUGUGAAACUCUGGCGUGAGCUAGUUACCACCCAUCCAACAUCAUACACCCCAGGUUUGGCUGGAGCACUCCUGAAUCUUUUUGUAUCACUUGACAAAGUUGGAUGCCAUUCUGAGGCACUCAAGGUAAUUGAAGAAAGUGUGAAACUCUGGCGUGAGCUAGUUGCUACCCAUCCAACACCAUACACCCCAGAUUUGGCUCAAGCACUCCAGAAUCUUUUUGUAUCACUUGAGAAAGUUGGACACCAUUCCAAGGCACUCAUGGUGAUUGAAGAAAGUGUGCAACUCUGGCGCAAGCUAGUUGCCACCCAUCCAACAUCAUACACCCCAGAUUUGGCUCGAGCACUCCAGCAUCUUUUUGUAUCACUUGACAAAGUUGGACGCCAUUCUGAGGCGCUCACUGUGAUUGAAGAAAGUAUGCAGCUCUGGCGCAAGCUGGUUGCCACCCAUCCAACAUCAUACACCCCAGAUUUGGCUGAUGCACUUGGGAGUCUAGAUACAUCACUCACCAACCUUGGACAACAUUCUGAGGCACUCCUUGUGAGUGAAGAAAGUGUGAAGCUCUGGCGUGAGCUAGUUGCCAUCCAUCCAUCAUACACCCCAGAUUUGGCUGGAGCACUCCGGAAUCUUAAAGUAUCACUCGACAAAGUUGGACGCCAUUCUGAGGCACUCACAGUGAUUGAAGAAAGUGUACAACUUUGGCGUGGGCUAGUUGUCACCCAUCCAACAUCAUACACCCCAGAUUUAGCUGGAGCACUCCGGAAUCUUUUUGUAUCACUUGACAAAGUUGGACGCCAUUCCGAGGCACUCACUGUGAUUGAAGAAAGUGUGCAGCUCUGGCGUGGGCUAGUUGCCUUGCAACCGAUGUCAUACACCCCAAGUUUGGCUCAGGCUCUCAGGAAUCUUGCAAUAUCACUUAACAAUCUUGGACACUAUCCUGAGGCACUCCUCAUAUAUGAAGAAAGGCUCAAACUCCUGCCCCAGUAGUUGUCAUUUAUCUGAUUCACUCCACAUUUGGCAUGAUCAUUCUGCAGCCUCACCAGCUCAUCAUCAUGUCAAGACCCUAACUUUCAUUGAAGAUUCUGUUGCUAACUG